UUGUGUCUGUGGUCGGAUCUCAUUCGAGGAAGAAUUUGCUGCUUAGAAAAUGAAAGUAUUCCUCCAGAUGAAUGGUUUGUCAUGGCUGCUGGACUAGCUUAGCAGCAGCUAAACUCAACCUGUAAUACGAUUUGCGGACGCAGCGUGCUACACGGCUGCUGUCACAUAACAUGACCUGCAUGUGUGACUCGAUGUAGGGAUUUGUUUUGCUACAUAGCUAGUUAGCUGUUGGCUAGCCAGCUAGCUAGCAAGCUCUGUCACUGCUAACAGCGCUAACUUAAAACAUUGUUGCGUCCCGGCUUUAGAAGUUAGCGCAUAUCAGAUGACCACCAGCCACUUCUUUUUCCGGGACUCAUGACCGUCCCUUUGUCACAAUGUUUUCGCGGUUAAUUUUACCAAGUAACGGAACAAGCCUCCCUGAAUUACUCAGUAAUAACAGUGAACUAGCUAACCUGAGUUAGCUGGGUUAAAGCUCACCGUGUCCACCGUUAACAUUUAAAGCAGCGCGAGCGGUCUCGAGCAAGCUAACCGUACAACCACCAGCUAGCCGGGCUAGCUAGGAUACCGUUUUCCAGCAUCAACGGUUAGCGACGGAAUAACGUUACCAGCGACAAUGGCUAACGUUACAGACCUGCAAACAAAAUACAGCAAGCUGGCACAGGAGUACUCCAAGCUCCGUGCACAGAACCAGGUGCUGAAGAAGGGAGUUGUGGAUGAACAGGCCAACUCUGCCUCAUAUAAGGAUCAGCUGAAGCAGCGGGACCAGACCCUGAGGAAGCAGGAGCAGGAGAUGGACAGUCUCAGCUUCAGGAAUCAACAGCUGGCCAAGAGAGUGGAGCUACUGCAAGAGGAGCUAGCUGUCAGUGAAGCCAAGGGCAAAAAGGGGAAGAAUAAAGCAGACUCUCCCUCACAGCACGGCCUGGAGACACAGAGUGUUUUUGAUGAAGACCUGCAGAAAAAGAUAGAAGAAAAUGAGCGCCUUCAUAUCCAAUUCUAUGAAGCAGACGAGCGGCACAGGAGGCAGGAAGCUGAGCUGACGACACGACUACAGGAGCUCGAGAGAGACUCCGAGCAGCACCAGGCUGUUGUGGACGGACUCACCACUAAGUACAUGGAAACAAUCGAGCGGCUGCAGAGUGACAAGGCACGUUUAGAGCUGAAAGCACAGACUCUGGAGAGGGAGGCAAAAGAGUGCAGAAUGCGAACAGAAGAGUGUCAGCAACAGUUGAGGCGGUGCCAAGCAGAGCUGAACAGACAGGUGAAACAAAGCAGCAGUGUUAUCCAGGAGAAAGUGCCCUUUAAUGACACCAAAUUUAGUGACUACAACAGCUUAAAUGUGCCGCCACACAAUCGAAGGCACCAGCUUAAAGCCCGGGACUUGGCAGGUCAGGCCCUGAGCUUUAUCCAGGACUUGGUGGCUGCGCUGUUAAACUUCCACUCCUACACAGAACAGAGAGUGCACAUCUAUCCCCUGGACUCUUCCAUUGAGCCCAUCUCCCCUCUUAACCAGAAGUUCUCUCAGUAUCUACAUGAGAAUGCAGCCUAUGUGCGCCCCCUGGAGGACAGCUUCCUGCAGUUACACCAAAGCAUCACAGAGGACACCGUUACAAUACUGGAGACUGUGGUCAAGCUGAAGAGCUUUGCUGAUAAUUUCUCCUCAUACACCCACUUUCUGCAAAAGAUUCUUCCCUACCAGCUGAAAAGCCUGGAAGAAGAGUGCGACGCACCUCUUUGUACUGCUGCCCUCAGUGUGAAAAACCAGGAGUUGCAGAGUGACAUGAAGAGAGUAACUUCUGUGUUCGAGAAACUGCAGAGCUACAUUACCCUUUUGGCCUUACCCAGUGUUCGGCAGGAUGCCAUGCCACAGAGCAGCACCUCAGCUGUCUUCACCCAGCUGGCUGCCUGCCUACACAGUCUUCACGAUGCCAUUAAAGAGAUGUCAAAGCACUACAACCAGAAAGCCGGAUUAGAGAAGGAGCUCCCCACCGUCACACAGAAGCUCUCUACCACCACAGAGUGCCUGCUGGGAUCUUUGGGUUCUCUGACCAGCAGCACCGGCAAGAUUGCCACUUUCUUCAGCAACAACUUGGACUUCUUCACAUCAUCAGGCUACAGUCCAAGAGGCAGCACAGCAGCCCUCAACCCCUUGCAAGCAGAGAGUAUGCUGGCCAACAAAAAGAAAGCAGCUGCCUAUUUCAGUGCAAUCAAAAAGGCCAGGCCGCAGUCUGUUCCUUACAGAGAAGCCCUGUCAAACCGUCGUAUACUCACCAGCUCCACCGAGAGCAGAGAAGGGCUCACUCAGCAGGUGCAGCAGAGCCAGGAGAAGAUCGCUCGGUUGGAGCAGGAGAAGGAGCACUGGCUCCUGGAAGCCCAGCUGGGGAAGGUGCGGUUGGAAAAGGAGAACCAGCGCAUUGCGGAGCUGGAAGCGCAGCUUGCGGCAGCUCUAGGGGGAAGUCCAAAUUCGCAGCCAGCUGCAGCCAGCACGCUCGCACAGAGCCAUGAGGAUGCAGAGAAGGAGCAGAAGGCUGUGGGAAAAGAGACUACGCUGUGCACCAGCCUGGUUGGCAUGUUGUGCACAACACCAACAGUUGAGCAUGUGGGAGACGAGGAGUCCAGGGAGCAGCUGAUAAAGACUCACUACAUGGCCAGAGUGGGAGAGCUCACCACCCAGCUCCAGAUUUCAGACAGCAAAGCUGUGCACUUUCACUCUGAGUGUCGGGCUUUGGCCAAGAGAUUAGCCAUUGCAGAGAAAUCACGGGAGACUCUGAGCGAGGAGGUCAAACUGGCUAAUCAGAACAUCACACGCUUGCAGGAUGAGCUGACCACAACAAAGAGGAGCUAUGAAGACCAGCUCAGCAUGAUGAGCGACCACCUGUGCAGUAUGAAUGAGACUUUGAGCAAGCAGAGAGAGGAAAUCGACACGCUCAAACUGGGCAGCAAGGGAAAUGCCAAAAAGAACAAAGGUCGCUAGAGCUGCCAUCUGAACUCUGGCUCCAUUGCGGCAUCACAAAGGAUCUGGUCCGUGGAGCCUCCCAGCAGCGUCCUGGUACCAACACCACCACCGUCACCAAACCACAGGACGGCUACAUGAGCGUCAGAUUCCUCCACUGUCAGGCAGUGAACUUGUGUGGAGGCUUGAACAUGUUUGACUGAGGAAGCUUCUUUUUUCCGUUUUCCUUGUCACAGCACCAGUUACAACAUGAUUUGCUGAAAAUGCUUUCUGAAACAGUCCCGGAAGCUGCUGCUUGACCUUUUGUCCAAAAGCAGGGUGGGAGAGAAACAGCUUUUUCCCCCAAAAGAGACAGAAGAAGAUAAACAGCGGGAACAGUUAAAGUUGGUAAUGCUCAGACUUGAAGACCAAACCCUGUUGAUCAGUGUGUGUACUUUUCCUGCUUUUAAACGUACGUGUGAGAGAAAAUGAAAUUCGUACUCCUUAUCUGUGGGAGCAGGCGAACAGAGUAAAUGUUGGUGUGGCUGUUUAGUGUGCAGUGUGUUGUCUCAUAGUGUGACUGUGGCACCAAGCUUUACAACAUGUGAAUGUUGUUUUACACUUAGAUUGUUUUCUUUUAGAUCAAAUUUGAGAUUACAUGUGCAAGUGGCUCCCAGGGCCUGUAUGUCUACCCUGUAUGACACAAGCAUACAUCAAAAGCUUCUGUAAAAAGGGCUUUAAAACCUGACUGAACAACUAACAAAGAAACACUUGAAUUCAUUCCUCAUUUCGGAAAGUUUUCAGUCCUCCGGGAGUGGGAAAAAGACGAGAAGAAUUGUCUGCCUUGAAGCACUGAUUAACUGCGUUUACCGAGACAAAAGGGUAGGAUGGACAAGUUAGAGCUCGUAAAAUGGUGUCAGUCUGUCUCUGUGAAGUUACUUUGUAACAUUAGUCUUUUUAACACCAAAGUAAGUGUGGAUGUGCACUUAGAAGCCUGGUGUGGUACAAUAGUCUCUAAAUUCAUAUUGUAAUAUGUAUGGACAAAAAGGGUUAAUGUGAAUAUACACUCAUUUCAAAUCAUGAUAUAAUUGUACUGUAUAAUUUCUAAAAAAAAAAAAAAAAAAAUCUAAAUAUAUAUAUAUAUAUACACAAA